UUUUUGUUCACACGCACUCACAGCUGCCACAUUCAUCUACUGCUACCAUUCUCAGAUACACUGCAAAGGUUCACACUACACGCGUUAUGCAUAACCGCUAGCUGUGCUGCAUUCUCACGCUUCUUUUCAUAUUACUCUAGCUAUAUAACUGGUUGUUUUAGUGAUUCUUACUAUGUGACGAUGUUCCACUGAUGAUGGUCACACGAAAACGUUCUGGAAUUGUUUCAUUUUAAUUGUUUAUACAUGGUUAUGAGUGCACAAUUGAUAUUUUUCAUUGCUAUUUUACGACUGUUGUCUCCUCGUCGGUUAUCUCAUUCAAUAGAAUUGGAUUUACGGAGACAUGUUGACAAGAGUCCACAACCAAGAGUACAAGCAAACAAACAAACAAACAAACAAGCAAACAACCAAGAGUAUGUAACUGUGCAGAUACUGUAAACCGUGAAAUUAUUGCAAUGGUCUAAUUUCUGCGAAAUUCGCGACCGCGUGGAAAUCGCGAAAUUUAGACAGCGCGAAAAGGAGAUCCAUAAAAGGUUUAGCAUGAAUGCCACAGUAGCAAAUUCUGCAAUCGCAAAAUUAAAACCUCGCAAAUCUGUCCGGAUUCUGGAAACGCGAACUAAAAACGCCGCGAAAAUUUCACGCUUUACAGUACCCAAGUUACGGGUCAGUCCGCGGCACACUCCCUUCAUUACGUAACCUACCUGCAUCACGCCCUGGAGGGAAUGGAAAGGGAAAGUCUAAAGAUAAAUUAGCUGUCACCGCCAGGAUCCAGGACUCAAAUCAAGGACCUUCGCCUUAAAAGGCCAGCGACGCUGUAGCCACUGAGCUAUGGUGUGGUCAUAGCGACGCUCUAGCCACUGAGCUAUGGUGUAGUCGUAGCGACGCUCUAGCCACUGAGCUAUGGUGUAGUCAUAGCGAUGCUCUAGCCACUGAGCUAUGGUGUAGUCAUAGCGGCACUAGCCACUAUGCUAUGGUGUAGUCAUAGCGACGCUCUAGCCACUGAGCUAUGGUGUAGUCAUAGCGAUGCUCUAACCACUGAGCUAUGGUUAGGGAUAUCAGCAAACACACUGCGCACGGGGUUUGCGCAGUUUUCAGCGCUACCAUACCAAUGUACGGACUGGCGGGGACAAAAAAUUGACGCAAAUAAAAUGGCGACUGGUCGAACGUGGCUCGCGACCUACAUAAUUAUUUGAAUAAUUUGAAAACACAUACUGCUGUGAACAGACCCCCAUUGUUUCGAUUCUGAUGAUGUCCGACUACUGUGCACCUCACUUUGGGCAUCCUCUGCCAGCAAUUACACUAACGAACUUAUACAAAAUCACAGUAUUAAAAAUCGGUGAAGGACAACAGGCCCAUGUUCGUCGAUCGUCCAAGCUUCUUCAUCUUCCUGAGUUCUUCUUGAAUGAUCGACCUUGUGAACUUUCGACCUCUGGGACCUUGGAUUGCUUCGGUCAAUUUUUUUCUUGCUUGGCACAUGGAUAGAUCCAUGGGUGAGGUACCAGUUCACCAAAAAUUAGAAGAUUUCUCCGGUGGGAACGUUGUAAAAAAUCGCCUUCGAUUCACCCAUGCUCCUUGGGCAUCGAAGGACAAAUUUGAAAAUUCGUCUGAAGAAAGUCCUGGGGCUCGGCUCAUCUGUAGUUGAUCGCGUGGCUGUUACCGUAGGCAUGUCACUCUCUACCCACGAAUCCUUCACCAGCAGCGAAUAUACGAAGCAAUCAACGAAACGGCAGAUCCUGAGCGCAAGGUUCCGACUUCAGCCGCCAUUCUCCUUCUUCUCCAUCAAGACUCCUUCCAGUUUCCCGGCAAAAAUAUUCAUUUUCUGACUUGGACUUUUCUGGCCGCGCGCGUGGCAUGCUGACAUGUACAAAAUUCGAUUACAUCAUAACUGCGCAAACCCUCUGCGCAGUGUGUUCGCUGAUAUCCCUACUAUGGUGUAGUCAUCAUCCAGUGCUAGUUUCCUAAACACAAAGCACGCUGGUAUACUUGCAGUCAUGACUAGUGGCUAUGCUUGUUAGGAUGCUAGUAUCUCCAUCUGCCCCGCUGACGUCUGGCUGCCAAUCCAGCUGAUCAUCAUGCGACAAGUAGCUUUGGGCUCUACGGGCAGGGGUGGAGAUGGCUGUUGCCACAGUUGCUGCCGGUGUGCAAGUGCCAAGACCUGCUUGCCACAUUCCUACACACACGCACACGCUGCACACACUCUUGUUCAUGAGAUGCGAGAAGUGAUAGCACCUGCUACAUGUAGUGCAGAAUGAAUGCAUACUGAUGGGCAGUGUGUACAUUGUUUCAUCAUCACGUCGGCAUCAAAUACAGUGCUAACAAGUAGUGAAAUCCAACCCCAUGAAUAUAACAGCAUUGCUGGCCUUACACUACGAACAGUCAGAUGUGCAGUGAACAUGCCUAUGCUUUAUUCAUGAUGUUGGAUUCCACUUUCUGCAACUGUAACUCCAUGUGUGUGUUCGUUUACAAAAUAAGACAUGUGCAGUACAUCCAUACAUACAUGCAUGCUAUGGCCAGGCCUAGUUAUAAUCUACCGCGUCGUGAAUGGCCUAUAUCAUCUGUUGGUGGCCCUGGUGGCUGGUGACCAUCUGUUCCAGGAAGCUGCCAGGAAGGAAACCUGGUGCUGUUGUUGCACGCUGCCCUGGCACGUCUGUGACUGUUGUGUGUAUCUGGUUGAUUUGGAGCGGGUAGGUGUGAUUGUGCGCUUAUUUUGAUGUGUGAAGAGUAUGUGUGACUGGCAGUGUUCCAUGCCUCGUGUACGGUAAUUACACUACUGCAUGUACAUGUAUUUGCUGGUGCUGGUUGCACUUCACCGUUGCUUUGAUGCCAGCCGUGUCUCGUUUGGUAACCAGAAGCCGUGCUAUCAGGUGAUGUUACUGUACAGCGGUGUUGACAGCUGAAAAGCAGUUGACCGAGGUGGAGCUGUGAGCUUGCUCAGCACCUUGGCCAGCAGCAAGGCAUGCAGUUGAUGAAAACAUUGAUCUCUGCUCCCCACUUCUGUUGAUGAGUGAGUGGCUUGUGACCUUCAGUUGUCUUCUGCAGCAAGUUAGUCUGUUUGUGCCUCAGUGUUGGCUUCUUCAGGGUAGUAGUUUGUUUGGCAGGUUGUACUGUAAUUUCUAAUGAAACCUAGUAGAUUUCCUCUGUACAGUGAGAGAAAGAAAAUACAGGGUGGCCGUGACUGAGGAGUGCUUCUCAUUGCUUCCGUGUCCUGAAGUGCCAGUGUGUGCCUGGGGUGUGGCAGCUAAGUAGUGCUGCUACUGUUUCUGCUACUGCUACUGGUGAUGCUGUCUCGCUAGUGUUCCAAGACUGUCAAACUGUGAGACUUCGGGUGGGUGUGUCGUGUGUGAUCAUCUGCAACUUGUCGCACUAUGAGCAGUAGCCGUGUUGGCUCAAGCAGGGCCUCUGUCUAUGGCAAGAAGGCUGUGCCAUUGCCCAAUAAAGACCCUUGGGAUCCACAGAAACAUGGUGCCGAUGCAAAUGCUGCUGCUGCGGCUGGUGCUGCUGGUGGUGGUGGUGCAGGGUCAAGAUCCUCAUUGUCUCCUCAAUCAUCAACCAAGCAAAGUAGUGCUGGCGGAAUGCCGCCACAGCCAGCCCGCCGCAAGAGUUCGCAUAAGCAGCAUGCUGCACGCAAGCCAUUGCCCAAGAUGUCGAGCAUUGACGAAUCGAAGAACAAUGAAGAAGUGACAGCGCCUAUGUCCCUGCUUGAUUUCUUCUCAUCUAGCUCUCAAGCUGAUCUGCUGCCCAUGGUCGUCAAUGUGAAGGAGGAUGCUGCGUGCGAUGUUGUCUCUCUGGUACGUGCCACUACUAAGAAGAGUAGCUUGUCCAAUGGCUGCUUCCCAUCUUCGGCUAGCCGUGAACACCACAGCAGCACUGGUAGUGAUGCUGCUGCUGCUGCUGCGCUGGACGAGCCGAUCACACACAUCACUGUGUCGCAAGUGUCUGACCGGCGUACGCUGACUGCCGACACACGGCUGGCACUGAUCAGCAUUGCGGAGGAGAACCGCGACGUUGACAUUGAACUCUCCAGCCAGGUGCAGCAGUCAGUACCUGCCAAAGGAAAGUACGGCGCCUGGACAAAGUAUAAGGCAGCCUGUGGCGGUAGCUCGUCUUUCCAGGCGUAUUUCCUCUACGAGCUAGUACAGCAGCAGCAGACACAAGCUGCAAAAGCAUCUGGAUGGUCGGCAAUAAGGCAGGCAGUGGGUGGUACUGAUUCUGGCCCUUCGCCAAGCUGUGUAUGUCACUACGACGAAGAUCAUGUGUAUCGUGAUUUGGCCAGUCUGCUGUGUUCGCCUUCAUCCUCGCCCGCUUUGUCUAGCCACGCCGAUAUCAGCAUGCGGUAUAGACGGCGUUUCAUUGUGCCUCACGAGACUCAGCUUUCAACGGGAUACCUGCUGCCGCCCGACUCUGAGCUGGUGGUGGCAGUGAGUGACGAAGCUCUAUCCAAACUGGUUGGCCAGCAGAGCAAUGAACGCCUGGACACGGCCGGCAAUGAUGAGCAGUGUGUAGCAUGCUGGCUGCUGGAGAGGCCUGGCAUCACACUGCCCGCGACGAGCAGUCGGCGGCGUGCAUCGUUCGUGUCCGUGCCUCUGCACGCCCAGAUGACAUGCAUGCCAAGCGAUGCCAGUCACUGCACCAUCCUGCACUAUGCACAGCUGGUGGAGUACAUGCGCACUCUGGACAAAUCCGUUGUGAUGCGGCAAGCCUUUGCCUAUCCACUGCUGCAACGCGGCAAGGAUUUCAAGCAGCUCUUUCCCAGUGCCACAACAAUCUGCAAAGACGAAGAGUUUGUCGAGUGUGUCACUGUGGCUAGGCACAUGUCGGUGGUUUGUGCGUCGCAGCUGGAGCUCUUCCGCGUGUCCGUCAACUCUGGCUUGACUGUUGCUCGCUUGCCAGGCUCGGCAAGCGAUGGUCUGUACCGAGCCACCUGCCUGUAUCUGAGCAAGCUGGCUGUUCCUGGUGGCCUAGUGACGGGCGUUGCCAUUCCCAACCGCCGUGCCACUGUGCACGUCUCCACAAAUGAAUACUCUCUGCCGUUUGACGUGGCCACCAGUGUGCCGAGUGGUGGCUGGUGCACCUUGCCUCGCUCCACUGCGCGCGGCAAGAACCCUGCUGCCAAGUCCAUGCCGUCCUCCCCGGUACUGCUGACCAGGCGAGCCAGUGACUUCACCACCACCAGCAGCAGCAGCAGCAGCUCACAGCCGGAUUUUCUGCGCGAGCACUUGCUUUCCGGGAAAGAUGCGGACCCGGAUUGUGAUGCUCCGAGAAGCAAGUCGGCCUUCGCGUUCCGCUCGCCAAGCCCAUCACACCGUGAACGAUUGGAGAGCUCAUUCAGCACAAUGUCCUAUGACAUGCUGGAUGACUGCCAGAAGUUCAACAAUUCAGGAACCUUUGAGCCCGUCGAUUCGCCGAAACUGACCACUGCCGGCAGCGGCACUAAAAGCAAAGUGAAGACUGCUUUCGACACCAUGCCCAAUGUGCGCGCUGCGAUCAGUUCUGUGCUGCCGAACCGCACGAAGGGCCGAACCAGCACCAGCAACACAGCCCUGUGGCACUUGUCCGAUGAUGCAGCAGCAGCCACUGGUACUGGUGUCAGUGCCACCACCAAUGCUGCAGUUCAGGAUGAUAGCGCAGAACCUGGCAAUGGUGGUGGUGGUGGCGUUGGCGUUGGCGGCAGCUCUGCUACUGAUGCUGACAACUCUGCUCAGGGAGUUUCCUAUUCAGUGAGUGAUGUGACUGUGGACAUGGACACUACAAUACCACGUGCUACAAAGGCGACGCCCUCGGCGGAUGAAUCGUCUAAAGCGUCAAAAGUGGAAGCACAGAGCGGCGGGGGUGCUGAUGCUGGGUCCCGCAGUGCAGUUUCGCGCUCGACUUCGUUUGUUGGCGCGGUCAAGCAGACUAUGACGUUACGAUCUGCCAUCGGUAGCCUGCGCAAGAGGAGGCCAAGCGGUGAGCCACCGCCGGCACCAAGCAGUGCGUUUAAUGAGUACAAACCGUCGGGCACCGUCACCGCUGCUGCUGCCAGCACAUUUUCUACUGUUGGACAAGCUAGUGAGGUAACCCUAGCUAGUGCAGUUGUGGGACAUGCGCUCAUUAUCGAAAGCGAAUACUCUGAGCCGCUUUGCUCUAUUGCACCGAAAGUGAUGGCGCCAUUGCCUACGGCUUCAAAUGCAUCCAUGGGUAUUAGCAGUGUUACGGGCAAUGCUACCAGUGCUGUAAGCUGUACCACUAGUGCUGGUAGUCAUGUGACAGCUGACCGGACUAGCACUGCCAAUGCCAGUGCUGUUCCUGGUGAUGAGCCCAGUGGCCCAACUACUCACUCUACCACCACAAGCGCCACCAAACAGAAGUCAGUAGCUGCUGCAGAUGUGUCUGCGUACGAAGUGAUCCCGUUCCAUCCUAUUGCGGAUGUGAGAGCAGCGGUCGCUGUGCCCAGAGCAAGGUCGCCAGGCGUUGCCUCGUCUAAAGUACACACAUUGGAUAGUGCUGAACCUAAAGCAAAGCCAGCGAAUGUCUCUGUGCCGAAGACUAGACCACCAGAAGCACCCAAAGCAAAGGCAGUGGAUAUCACCGCACCAAAGACUAAACCACCGGAAGCACCCAAAGCGAAGGCGGUGGAUAUAACCGCACCAAAGACUAGACCACCAGAAGCACCCAAAGCAAAGGCAGUGGAUAUCACCGCACCAAAGACUAAAUCACCAGAAGCACCCAAAGCAAAGGCAGUGGAUAUAGCUGCACCAAAGACUCAACCACCGGAAGCACCUAAAGCGAAGCCACAGGCAGCUACACACCGUUCGGGAUCGCCAUUACGUACUCCGUCUGCGUAUCACGGUAGACCGCCACCACCUGCCCCGCCAACCAAGGCACAGCGCAAUACAGGACGUGGUUCCCCAGUUCCAAUGGGGACGUCCAGUGGCACGCCAGUUGAACUACAAUCCACUGCAGUUCAUGCAGCUAGGCCAAGGCGGGCGUCUGUUGAUAAUGAAUUGGCCGUACGGGAUCACGGCGCCGGCGUUUUGGCUGCUGUUGCUACCUCUGCUGGUGGUGGUGGUAGUGGUGCUCUGGCUACUGUAAAAUUCGGCACUGGAACCUACGAAGACCCUGAAGCGAUCAAGCCUCUUGUAUCACCAGUGGAUAAGCGACGUGGCUCCUGUCCGGAUGUCUUUCGCCUGGGGGAGUUCUCUCUAACAGGCAAGCAGCCAGCCGUGACUGCGCAAAGCACUGCCGUAGCUGAAAGCGAGUACUGCUUGGCACAGCCAGCCGUGACUGCGCAAAGCACUGCCGUAGCUGAAAGUGGGUAUUGCUUGGCACAGCCAGCCAUGACUGCGCAAAGCACUGCCGUAGCUGAAAGUGAGUACUGCUUGGCACAGCCAGCCUCGACUGUGCAAAGCACUGCCGUAGCUGAAAGUGAGUAUAGCUUGGCAGGCGAGCCCUUGUCACAAGUCAACAAGGCUUCAGCACCUGUCCGACGCCGUGAAUACCUGCCGGCGGCUGUGCUAGCAAGCCAGGAGAACACGACCGUGCCAGCUGCUGAAAGUGAGUAUUCCUUUGCGGGGGAUUACAGUGCGACUGCAAUCAGUCAGCAAUUAUCCCAGAGCAAUGCCGGUGGUGAUGAUGAUGGUGACAUCGGCGCUGGCUACUUUGCGGUGGUUGAAAAUCACGGCCAUCCCACGCUAGCCGUCGAGCCUGACCCUAAACCUCGUGUUAGCUACUCCUUUGGUCUCGAUGAGCAUCGGUCUGCAACACUGGGACGCCCUCGCAGUCGCAAUGUUCAUCAGGACAUUACCAUCCAGCGCACAGCUGCUCUCUUCAGAUCCGCUAGCCAAAAGGUUAAGUCAGUGUCUGCUGUACCCAAAGCAAGGAAACCGCCGCCAGCACCAAAGCCCUACCGGACGCCAGCCACUAAUAAUCUGUCUGCCAUCACGUCUUCGAGCGCGGAGAGCCACGCAACAGAGCCAUCUUCUGCAGAUGCUGUAGGUUGCACUCCGAGCAGUAGGGUGACAAGUAGCUAUGUGGGCAAUGUAGCUUCACCACUCUCUGCACCCGUGGCAGCCAAGAGAAGUCCUCGGCUCACGCGUCACACGUCCUCCGCCAACGAUGUUCUGAAAGACUUUCUGACCACCGUCAAGCCUCCAAGUGCACCACCGCAAACACGAGCGCCGGAACGUAAUGUCUCCUUCACAUCCUUCCAGCCGUUUGUAUCGUCAUCAUCAGCCCGUGUAGAGGAAGAAGGAGAGUAGUGACCCGCUGUGCGUUUCUUGCUUGUCAACGGCAGGUUGUUGCUGCUUGCUAGCUAGCUGCCUGUAUGCCACACUGAGCCAUGUGUUAUGCUGGAGUAUGUCUUGAGCCGUGGCCCAAGGUGCACUGGGAAGUAUGUAAUGCCGAUGUCAUUGAGUAUGUAAUGCCGAUGUCAUUGAGAGUGUUCCUACUCUACUACAUGCAAAGUAGACGAUCACAAGUAACUGUAGUUGGUGCCGUCAAGCCUAUAAUUAUCCGCCCACAGAGGCCCCGAGCAAAGAGUGAACAGUUGCCCGUUUGCUUCUUGUGUCACCAGGUUAGCUGGGGCCCACACGCACUUGUUUGUUGUUUAGUGAGUCGUGGAAUGUUUCUUUUCUCGAGCUUUGCGUGGCAGUAAGCAGUGUGUUUAGCCACUAGCCUGUUAAAUGUACUAGCAGGACUGGUAAAACACUUGCUUUGUGAAUCAUUUGGAAAACUAGAACUGGCUCUUGACUUCUCCAAAAUUCUUGCAGAGAUUGUUUUGUUCCCCCUCCAGUGUCUGGAAACAGAGAUUGUUUUGUUCCUCCUCCAGUGUCUGGAAACAGAUAUUGUUUUGUUCCCCCUCCAGUGUCUGGAAACAGAGAUUGUUUUGUUCCCCCUCCAGUGUCUGGAAACAGAGAUUGUUUUGUUCCCCCUCCAGUGUCUGGAAACAGAGAUUGUUUUGUUCCCCCUCCAGUGUCUGGAAACAGAGAUUGUUUUGUUCCCCCUCCAGUGUCUGGAAACAGAGAUUGUUUUGUUCCCCCUCCAGUGCCUGGAAACAGAGAUUGUUUUGUUCCCCCUCCAGUGUCUGGAAACAGAGAUUGUUUUGUUCCCCCUCCAGUGUCUGGAAACCUGCUGCUAGUACAAUCAUGUUUUGAUUACUCUCCACUUCAAGUUCCUCUUUUCUCUCUUCUGCUCUUCCUUUUGGUAAGCCGGCUGUCUGUCAAUUUUUCGUGUCUGGGCAAAAUGCCCUGAACCAUCUUACCAUUACCCUCCUGGGAACAUCACUUUUUUAAUCAACGGCCGGCUAUGUGAACUUGCUUCAAGGCAAUUAUGCCAGCUGGCGGUUUGUUGUCUUUGCAGAGUUGAUAAUAUUUACAUGCAUUCAUUGCUCUCUUGUCUCUUGUCUAGCCACUCACUGUACAUGUAGUAGUAGUAGUAGUAGAAUGCUGCCGGCUGCUCUCUGA